CUUACCUUAAGUUGCCAUACAAGGACACUCCUAUAUUUAAGGGUGUCCCUCUUUGGCAACUGAACUAAAUCUCAAAUUUCAGUGCAACCCCAUAAGGCCAUAACAUACAAUAAAUAAAAAGUAAUUAAAAAAAAUCAUUGUUAAUUUUUCAUACACAAAAGUUAUUCUACAAUGGCUGAGGAUUCUCCAGAAGAUAUCGCCGAUCGCGAGCGCAUAUUCAAGCACUUCGACGCGAACGGCGACGGUCAAAUCUCUUCAUCAGAGCUUGGGGAAGCACUGAAAUCUCUGGGUUCAGUGACCCCAGAAGAGAUUCAAACGAUGAUGGAAGAACUUGACACAAAUAAUGAUGGAUUCAUUUCGUACGAAGAGUUUACGGUAUUUGCAAGAGCCAACCGUGGCCUAGUGAAGGAUGUGGCAAAGAUUUUUUGAAUUCUUUGCCACCUUUCAAUCUUUGUUAAAUUAAUUAAAUUAAGUUUGCUUAAUUGUCUUUUCUUUGUGCUAUGUUCUCUGCAUGACCUUUUAAUA